UUUUAUUAUUAUUAUUAUUUUUUUAAUUAGUGUUUUAAAUGGUUUCCCUCCCACGAAGAUGCCUUCUCCGAAUAAUAAUCCAGACCCCAAUUUCUCCAUCUCACGGUGGUUUGGAAUAUUCCGGCGAGAAUCUGACAUCACCGACGACACCAGCAGCAACCAAUCCCCAAACUCCGGCGAAUGCUACGCCUGCACUCAGGUCGGAGCUCCGGUGUUCCACUCCACCAGCUGCGACAAGGCCCACCAGCCGGAGUGGGAGGCCUCCGCCGGCUCCUCCCUGCUCCCGAUAAAAUACCGAUCCACCUCCGAAACCCGGACCGACGGCGCCGGCGGCGGCGGGCGGCGUCCCUCCGCCGGGGUUUACGACCCCCGGACCAAGCGCGUGCAGCGGUGGAACCGCGCGUUCCUGAUGGCGCGUGGGAUGGCGCUGGCGGUGGACCCGCUGUUCUUCUACGCGCUGUCGAUUGGGCGGGGCGGGUGGCCGUGCCUGUACAUGGACGGCGGAUUGGCUAUCAUCGUGACGGUGCUCCGCACGUGCGUGGACGCCGUGCAUCUUUGCCACAUGUGGCUACAGUUCCGGCUGGCGUACGUGUCUAGAGAAUCGCUCGUUGUUGGCUGCGGGAAACUCGUGUGGGACACACGCGCCAUCGCCCGCCAUUAUCUCCGCUCGUUUAAGGGCUUCUGGUUCGAUAUCUUCGUCAUUCUUCCUGUUCCUCAGGCCGUGUUUUGGUUAGUAGUGCCGAAGUUGAUAAAAGAGGAGCAAAUAAAGCUUAUAAUGACAAUUCUCCUACUAAUUUUCUUGUUCCAAUUCCUACCUAAAGUCUUCCACAUCAUUUGCUUAAUGCGACGAAUGCAAAAAGUUACCGGUUACAUCUUCGGCACCAUUUGGUGGGGUUUCGGCCUCAAUCUCAUCGCCUACUUCAUCGCUUCUCACGUUGCCGGUGGAUGCUGGUACGUUCUAGCGAUACAGCGUGUGGCUUCUUGUCUGAAGCAGCACUGUAAUAUAAACGGGACUUGUGAUGUGUCGCUAUCGUGCUCCGAGGAGGUUUGUUAUCAGUUUCUACUGCCAUCUGGCACGUUGGAUAAUCCGUGCGGCGGUGGUAAUUCGACGGUCGUGAUUAGGAAGCCGCUGUGUUUGGAUGUCAACGGCCCGUUUCGUUACGGGAUAUAUAAAUGGGCCCUCCCCGUUGUGUCGAGCAAUUCCGUUGCCGUGAAGAUUCUUUAUCCUAUUUUUUGGGGAUUGAUGACUCUGAGCACGUUUGGUAACGAUUUGGAGCCGACGAGUCAUUGGUUGGAAGUGAUCUUCAGUAUAAUCACUGUGCUCAGUGGUCUAAUGUUGUUCACUUUGUUAAUUGGUAACAUUCAGGUAUUUUUGCAUGCGGUUAUGGCGAAGAAGAGAAAAAUGCAGCUGAGGUGUCGGGACAUGGAAUGGUGGAUGAGGCGGCGGCAAUUGCCGUCUGAGCUGAGACAAAGAGUUCGCCGUUACGAACACCAACGGUGGGCCGUUAUGGGCGGUGAUGACGAGAUGGAAUUGAUUCAGGACUUGCCCGAAGGACUUAGGCGGGACAUUAAACGGUUUCUUUGCCUCGAUCUUGUUAAAAAGGUACCUCUAUUCCAUAGCUUGGAUGACCUCAUCCUCGACAACAUAUGCGACCGCGUAAAGCCCCUCGUUUUCUCCAAAAACGAAAAGAUCAUACGAGAAGGCGACCCCGUGCAACGAAUAGUAUUCAUAGUCCACGGCCGAGUCGGGAGUAGCCAAAACCUAAGCCGAGGAAUAGUGGCCACAAGUCAACUCGAGCCAGGUGGCUUCUUCGGCGACGAGCUUCUCUCGUGGUGCCUCCGCCGCCCGUUCACCGACAGGCUUCCGGCAUCUUCCGCCACGUUCACUUGCAUCGAAUCCACCGAGGCUUUUUCUCUCGACGCGAACAGUUUGAGGUACAUAACGGACCACUUUCGGUAUAAGUUUGCGAACGAGAGGCUCAAGAGGACCGCUAGGUACUACUCGUCGAACUGGAGGACUUGGGCGGCAGUUAAUGUACAGCUGGCGUGGCGGCGGUACAUUGAGAGGAGUAGACAGGCGGUGACCUUUCGCUCGGUGAAUGACGAUAGCGACAGGCGCCUAAGGCAAUAUGCUUCGUUCUUUAUGUCGAUUAGGCCUCAUGAUCAUCUUGAAUAAGUUCAAUGUCUUUCCAUAUAUAGAUUCUUUAAUCCUUGUGAAGGAUUUUGGUGAUUUUGUGUACUAUUUGAUUCUGUGAUAAUGUUUUUUUUCUUUUAAUUUUUUUAAUUUUAAAUUUUAAAUUUUA